UUAACCCCACUCUGCCCCCCGUGUAGCUCAGUGCCAGCUGACGCCCGGGGCCCUGACGGCGUGCCGGGGACGGGACCGUCUGAACACAGUUAUAUACCCAUCAGAAACUGUAAGAACCGCCCGUACAUGAAAGAAAGAUUAUUCACGCGUUGUGGUCUUACCAGAGAGGCUGAAGUGAAGCAGUGUAGGUAUUGUGAUCAAUGAGGAGCGGGCAGUGAUGGGAUGCCCUCCCAGCUCAUCUACCUUACUUGUUGACAUCUUACGAGAAAUAUGAAGCAAGAAACAACAAGACUCGUAUAUCCAUGUGUGAAUAUAGGUAACAACGAGCAGACACACUUAGAUUAUGAUGCUCCAUCAAGAAGACCUCAACCUGGCCAAGGGUUGUGGAGAAACACUUGUCAGCCGGGUUGUGUUUUGCCAUUAAUUACACGUGUAAUUACCUCUUGCCAACCACACUGUACAGGAGACUAUAUAUAUUCCUAGUGGCUUAGCACCGUCUGCUAAUAAUUACCUUGCCUUACAGUACAGACAGAAGUGCCUAGUUGUGGCAACAAUCUUGUUUUGUUAAUACUCCGAGUCGUUAAUACCCUCCUUCGGGCCAGAAAUAUAUUAAAGUUACCACACUUGCAGCUCAUUAAGACACAUCUAUGGCAACUGAAAAGCCAAUAUAAUUGGCAGAAUGAAUUUGCAGUUUAAACUAGGAACACUUCUCUGGUUUAAACGUGGAAGAUUGUGGGAGCCGGGUGUCUCGGUGAGACAUUUGUGCCUACGCUCCGGUGAGAAGCACUCGUGCCUACGUUCCGGUGAGAAGCACUCGUGCCUACGUUCCGGUGAGAAACACUUGGGCCUACGUUCCGGUGAGAAACACUUGUGCCUACGCUCCGGUGAGAGACCCUCUCAACACACCCCCAAGUCUUCACCACCCUGGGACAUAAUGUUUUUUGGAACUGAUGACUUUUCUCUGCAAAGUUUAAGUGCCCUCCACCGGGAGCAGCAAACGAGUGGCCUUGUGGGACGAUUGGAUGUUGUAUCGAUUUCCAUGAAGAAAAUUAUUCCCUCUGUUCGAAAAUAUUGCCGGAAAGAAGGUAUCCCACUUCAAGACUGGCCUGUUACGGUGCCACAUGGAACUUAUGAUGUUGGUAUUGUAGCUUCAUUUGGGCAUCUUAUCCCAGCUGCUGUCAUUAAAGCAUUCCCAAUGGGCAUUCUCAAUGUUCAUGGUUCACUCUUGCCACGAUGGAGAGGAGCAGCACCGACUAUUCAUGCUGUUUUAAAUAAUGACCGAGAAACUGGAAUAACAAUAAUGAGAAUUGAACCUCGCAGAUUUGAUGUGGGAAAGAUGGUGAGCAAAGUUACAGUUCCCAUUUCCUGGGACACAAAGAGUGGUGCAUUAACCAAACAUCUUGCUCAUGUUGGAGCCCAGGAGCUAAUAUCUGUGUUGGAGAACCUAACAGAGAAAUUACGAACUGCCGUACCACAAACUGAAGAAGGGGUUACUAAAGCACCUAAAAUUAGUGAGGCCUCUUCUAAGAUUCACUGGCACUGCUUCACAUGUCAUAAAAUCCAAGCCAUGUACAGGGCCUUUGAUGACUACUUCCCAUUAUGGACAGUAUGGCAUGGUACACCAAUCAAACUUAGAGAUAUGGUUAUGCAAGAAGAAUGGUCACAUUCACAGUUAGAUGUACAAGCACAGCAACAACGUGAAGAUAAAAGAGAACCACAAUAUAUCAAGGAAGGUGAAGCUCAUAGCAGUGAACUGAUCAAAGAAAUUAUUAUGAAAAACAGUGAGGAACAUUUAGUGACGAGUAAACAUGAAAUCAUGAGUACUGCAGGGAUGAGUUUAAAUGAAUAUAACACUAGAACAGAAAACCAUAAUGCUGAGAAUGUAAAAAUAUGCCUUCAUGGAACAGUAGCAUUUGAUAAAAAAUUGAAAGUGCUGAGAGUCCUGUGUUUGGACGGACCACUUGGAAAUGGAAAGAGUAUUCUGCACCUCGACUUACAAGAUUACUCUGCACAUUUGGUGAUGUUACAUAGCCUUCCUGGUUUGGUGCCUUCUUUUGAUAAUUAAUUACUUAAGGAUACUGAAGCACCUACUGUAGAUAAGAUUUAGUUGGAUUGCACUUGACAAGAAACUUAUAGCAAUUUCCUCAGAUCAAGAUGCUGCUCAAUAAUCUUGAGACUUUUACUUUUGGACAAUUCCACUUGUUUUCUUGUGAACUUCUGUUUAGUGGCUUCUAGUCAUGUGGGUAAAGUAGCUGUUGAUGAUCUAAUUUUUGAAUUCCCAGGUUGCAUACAAGAUUGGGAAUAGACCUAUGCAGAUCUACAUUUGUUUUAGGCAAGAUAUCCAGGAUCAAUAGGUCAGGUUAACAACAGGGUUUCAUCUAACAGGCAAUAAUGUGGUAUUCUUACAGUUUCUAGUUUUGUGGAGGCAUCCUUCAAUUUUAAUGACUGUGUACAUACAAGUUCUUAGUUGGCAUUUGUAUCUGAAAGAAUGCACGCGUCUUCGAAAUUGGAGGCCACACGGGGCUAUCCUCACCCAAAUUGGCAGAGGGAAUGGUCUGGGGUACAGGAUGAACAUAGGCUGGUUAGGGUCACCAGACUUCAAUAAGGUAACAGCAGGCCAGGGUCACAUUCAGACCAACAAAUUUUUGCACUACCCUCCAGCUACACGGCUUAAUAUUUUUCAAACUGCUCAAAACCAUUUUUUUUCUUUAUAGCAAUGUGCACUGAUAUCUGGAAAAUUAUCAGCACUUUCUUGCUGUCCACAAUUUGCCCGUACUCACAACAGACGAUUCUUCCUCAGCUGCCAAGUUUUCUCAAGCCUCGGCAAGUUGUUUUCUUCCCCCCAUACUACAAAGAUCCUUUCAUUGGCAACCACCCACACAUUAGACAAUUAUAUAUUGAAGCAGAGACAUGAAUAGAUCAGUGGAUUGAUACAGAUAAAUACCGAGAUGGAUAGAUUAGACAUAUGGGAGAGAGAGAGACCCAGGAAAUGUUGGAUACCACACCUAGUAUACUAUAAACCCAGAGUUAGGGGUUUCCCUUAAUUUGUCUAGCCAUAAGGUUAGACAGACAUUUACUGCAUUUACUAAUUUCAUCGAACUCAGCCUUCCUGUACCCUCGAAUACCAUGUAGUUUAUGCUGAAGUAGACAUGGAAAGUCAAAGUAGGGAUUGAGUAUAAUUUUGGUUUGUUUUAAUUUUCCAAAAUUUGUUCAUCUUGCAAAAACUGGAGACUACUAGGUUACUGUAUAGAAAAAGUUUUUAUUUUUUUACAUUUUAAUUGUGAUGAGUUAUGAGAUCACAAUCAUACCAGUCUGGUAUGAUUUGUAAUUAUACAAAUAUUAAGAUUUUGUCUGGGUAAUGCAGAUAGAACUACAGUAAUGGCUGAACAAUCCAGACUCUUGAAAGAGGAAAAUGCCUUGUACGGUUUAACUUUUACAUAACAAAGUAGCAAAAUGAAAUUGACAUCAGUAAAAACAUUAUGGAUAGAAAAAAUAUAUUUUUUAAACUCUCCUGUACUAAUGUGGUUCAUAGGAUUAAAUUUUAUGUACAAAAUUUAA